CAUUAUUUUGGCCCAGGGCCAUGAGUGGCCCCUUUAAGAGGCACUUCCUCCCGUGGGCUCCAGGGGGCAGAACUUUGCCUUCAAUGUCGCCCCCCUCCCCUCCUUUCUUGUUGCUGCAGAGGACUCAGCAGGCAGCGCAUUAGCGAGGCUUUUUUAGUUGCAUCGGAUCGCCCAGGAUGUGGGGCGCGGAGUCCUGCUGCACUCGGAUCCGCGCUCAUGGAAGCGCGUACGGGGGAAGGCGAGCUGCGGAGAGGCCGCUAGGCGCUGCUCACUGCGGGCAGGGGGUGGAGGUAAUGAUGGCUUGAUUCGCUCCUUUGAAAAACGCUGCAUCCACCAUGAAUUCGCCCCCGCUUUCUGGGCGCUGGGAAGCUGGCUUCUCUUCACUCCGCUUGGGUCGUAGCAGCGAGUAGCGAGAAAGGCUUGAAAACGCUUAUCAAGAUGGCAGCUGCAUUUGGAGAUAAUGUUCCUAGCGGUCUGGUGUUGGUGGGCCAAUGUAUUUAGCGCCUGUGCGCUGCUGUCGUCGAUUCUCGGUACUCCUGGCUAUUUUGCAUUCAGCUUGCUUUAAUGAGUAUCUCUCCCAGAAUGAAACCCAGUAUCAGCUAACAGCGCUCAGCAGCAGCAGCAGCACACGUGGAGAGCAGCAGGAGGGCAAAAAAACCACGUCUACUACUUUUCGCGCAAGUUUGCAUGUAAUUCUGUGAGUGGCAGUUAACAUUAGCUUUAGUGAGCGUGCGCGUUUUAAUUCUCCCCAAGAGUCGGAAGAACAAAGUAAAGUUAAGCUGUGUCAGAAACGUUCACUGAGGAAUCCGUCCAUUAAUGGAAUGCGAGGCGACCCUGCAGCUGCUGCUUGAACCGUUUCGUCUCAAAGCCCAGCACACAAAGCCCCCGGAGAAACUGGAGGAAACAUGGCAGAGGAGAAGCCCGGAGCCGUGGACGUGGACAUAGACCCUGACUUCGAGCCCCAGAAGAGGCCGCGCUCCUGCACCUGGCCGCUGCCUCGACCCGAGUCCAGCGCGGGCAAAGCAGAGCCGAGCGAGGCGGACAUUAUCCCCGAGGAAGAGGAUGAUGAAGGCGUUCUGGAGUGCCGUGUGGUCAGCAGCAGCAGCAGCGGCGGCGACAGCAGCACGCACGCAGUGGAGAUACCGAGCUAUCAGCAGGGCGAGCAGAAACACAGCAGCGCUGCUGCUCCUGCACCACAGGCUAAUAACGCUGCUUAUGCUGCUGCUGCUUCCUCUGACAGAGGUACUUACGGCUCCCCAGUUAGUGCCCAGCCACUGGCCCCUGCAGGCAGCGACUCCAGCCUAACCAGUCUUGGGCCUCAGCAGCCCAGAAAAUCAUCCGCCCGCAGAAAUGCAUGGGGCAACUAUUCUUAUGCAGAUCUCAUCACUCAAGCCAUCGAGAGCUCGCCUGAGAAAAGACUGACUUUGGCCCAGAUAUAUGACUGGAUGGUCAGAUCUGUGCCAUACUUCAAGGACAAAGGUGACAGCAACAGCUCUGCGGGUUGGAAGAACUCCAUCCGACAUAACUUGUCACUCCACAGUCGAUUUGUCAGGGUCCAAAAUGAAGGCACAGGGAAGAGCUCAUGGUGGAUGGUCAACCCAGAUGGCGGGAAGUGUGGCAAAGUCCCACGCAGACGUGCCGUUUCCAUGGACAAUAGCAACAAGCUCAUCAAGAGCGCCCGUGGCCGUGCUGCAAAGAAGAAAGCUGCUCUUCAGGCUGCUCAGGAUGGGAGCUCUGAGAGCUCCUCCAGCCUCUCCAAAUGGACUGGGAGUCCUACAUCGCGCAGCAGUGACGAGUUUGACACCUGGACAGACUUCCGCUCCCGUACUAACUCCAAUGCCAGCACCAUAAGUGGCCGACUGUCUCCAAUCCUGGCCAACCUGGAGGUGGACGAGGUUCCUGAUGAUGAUUCGCCUCUCUCUCCCAUGUUAUACUCCAGUCCAAGCAGCAUGUCUCCUUCCACUGGUCUGACGGAGCUUCCCCGACUAGCUGAUCUUGCAGGUACCAUGAAUCUUAACGAUGGCCUCCCUGACAACCUAAUGGAUGACCUUCUUGACAACAUCAGUCUAACAGCUUCACAGUCUCCAGGCCAAGAUGACAGUGGAGCCAGUCUACAAGGAAGCCCCGUGUUUACUUUCAGCUGCUCUGGCAGCAGUCUUGGGGUUCCCUCUGGCAGCUAUGGUCCCAACUCCAUGUUCAGCACGUCCUCGGUCUCGGGCCUUCGCCAGUCGCCCAUGCAAACCAUCCAGGAGAACAAGCAGGCCACUUUUCACUUCAGUAAGCAGAGCCUACAAGAUCUGCUCAGCACUGAGCCACAUAGCCACAGUGAUGUCCUUCUCACCCAAUCUGACCCAUUGAUAUCACAAGCCAGUGCCUCCAUCACCUCUCAGAGCUCCCGCCGCAGUGCCCUGCAAGCAGGGCCUGGGGGGCAAGCUGGGCUCAAGAAGUCCUCGCUGUCUGGAUGGCGAGUGAAUGGAGUCUUGGGAUCAACAAGUGAGUCAGACUACCAAAGCUUGAUCAAACAGCAUCUCCAACAGUCUCCCUCCAGGAGCACAUCUAUGCAGCUCAGUUCUUCUGAUUCCUUGUUGUCAGGUCUCAAUGGUAUUGUGCCCUGCAUUCAGUCUGCAUCUCAGGACCGAUUUUCCACUGACCUAGAUCUCGAAGCUUUCAGCAGUAGCCUUGAUUGUGACAUGGACACCAUCAUCCGGAAUGAUCUGAUGGAUGCUGAAGGUUUGGAGUUCAGCUUUGAUUCUCAUCUCGUUUCCAGUCAGAAUGCGAACCUGAAUUCAAGUAGUCUCUCGAGUACCAAACAAACCUCUUCCCAAAGCUGGGUACCAGGCUGACCAGCUGAGAACCUGGAAUGUACUUACAGGGCAGAACAAUGCUUCACAGACUGUCCUGUCCUUUCAACCACUGUCCUGUGCAAAGGACGUGUACAGUAAGCCCUAGAAAUGCUAUUUGAAAACUACUGGAAUGAGUUUAUUCAUUUUACUUACUUAUACAGUUGCUGUUGUGAUGGUUUUGUGGCCAUAUGUUGUGAAUCAUCAUGAUCUAGGUUUGGAAACAAUGGGCUUGAAAUCUAGAAGUGCUUGCAUUGUGACUUUGUCAUCAAGGACAAGGUUUAAAGGGACCCAUCUGAAGAAGGACUGUGGUGCAGCUGGAAAGUUCUCUGAAGAUUUUAAUAAAGAUAUAAGAAGCCUCCCUUUUUUCUUUAUUAAAAAAAACAGGCCUAGAGAAAUAUAUACAGAAGAACAAUGGUUAGGUUUAGCUGAUUAUUUGUAACCCUAGUUUAGGAGAUUCAUGUUCUCGCCAUUGACAGAAAUUGACAGAAAUGUUGACAGAAACACUUGUCUUCUGCCAAACCGGUCAUCAUUUUGUAGAUUGAUGGCCUGUUUACAGCACAACUCCAGAGAAUGUUACUGUUGUUGUCUUCACAAUUAUUGUUUUUGUUGAGCCUUCAUACUAAUUUGUAAACUAUAAAAAGGGAAGAAAGGUAUCAUGUACGUGAUGUAUCCUUGACUCCUUUCAAAGAAGAGUGAAAGAAGACCAGUUGAUGAGCUGUAUUAAUGUGAUGUAUAAAACACUCUGUUCUUUCUCUGGUGCACUGCAUUAACAUUCUUUUAAACACUCAAUUGUGCAUUUUGUUCAGCUCAAAGUACUUGAUCCUGUCCAUUUUCUCCAUCACCUCCAUUCUGACCUCACCUGAAAGACUGAUCAUUUUAAAGUAGUUUUUGUGAAGUAUAUGUUGAAAUGUUUAGCAUAUUUAUUCCAGAGGUUAGAAAUUGUACAAAUACAGAUAAGGAUUUCAGAACACUGAUUUAAAGGCCACUACACAUUUGUGUAUAGCUGAAAACCACCAUUUAUAAGCUUAUAAGGCUGCGAAGGCACAUUUUAGCCUUUUAUUUGUACAUAUCUGCACACUAGGUGGUGCUUUGACAAAAGAGCAUCAUUUCUGCUCUAAUGGCAAUAUGCAGCAAGAAUUUUCACUACGCAGACCCAUUUUAGUAUUGUAGACAAGUUAGGAUGCUUACACGGACUGUAUUUUACCUACUCAUGUUGUUGAACAUGCAAACCAACCAAUUUUGUUCACCAACAGUGAGGCUACAGUUUGUUUGUUCAGUAGUAGUGCCAUUCAGGGAUCCCCAUCACUUGUUAACAUGGCAGAUUUGCAGUUGUUACUUUAUUAUGGUUGAAUGUAUAUUUGUUGUGUUCAGUUCAGUUUCGCACCCAUCACUCCAACAUGUAACAUCUCAUGCACUGAUGUUCAGUCUUUUCAUGACUUGUGUUGAGUUAGAGUGGCGUUCAUUGUUUACAUAAUUCCACUGUGCUUUUACAACCAUACACAGUAUUGAAGUUCAAUCACCAGAACUUGGGAUAAUUUGAAGUUUUUAUUCACAGCCCUUUGGAAGAUGUGUGCUGAUUUCAUUGUAUGUUGUUAAUGCAUCGAGAGGAAAUUCAGACAAAUGCAAAUUAGAAAAGUUUUAAUUUUAAUUUUUUUUUGUACGUAUCAUAUACUCUACAUGCCUCGCUGUAUUGAACCAAUUUAUUGAUAGUUACACUUGGGUGUGUAAAAUAUCCCUCUGCAUUUCCAUUUUGAAUAAGUUAGAUAGUACAAGAAGGUAUGGUGCAUGUAAAUAAAGCUUUGUACAGCACUAUGAUUAUCUUGGGUCCUUUUUGUCUUUCAGUAACUAUGGAGUAUUAAAACAAGUGCUGGAGUCCUCCUGGAGAUGCAUAGCUCUGCACAGGCUGGCAUUUACGAUGCUCUAAUGUACCUGAUUCAAUUCAUAAAAGGCUAUAGAAUUACCUAAUGACUUGAAUCAAGGAAAAUGCUGUACAGUGCAGUUUGAGAACCCUGGUAAGAAUAUGAAAUUAAAUAUUUGAACAUUUAUCUUGUGUACACUGCCACAAUUGUACUUACACAUUUACUAUGUGUGUUGCAAAAAAUGUGUAAUAACAAGGUAGAUGCCAUUUAUUAGUCUUAUCAUGUGUAGGUGCAUUUGAAUGUGCGCCAGCUGGUAUUCUGUGGAAAUGUGAAGGUGUGUAUUGGAACAGUCAGUCAAUACAGAGAGUGCUUAAUCAGCUCAUUAAAGCUUUCUAACCAUGAUGAAGGCUUCAGCUUGAAAACAUCCACAUAAUGUUAUCUAUCUGGUCUUGCUGGGUAAGCCUGUCUAUUGAUAAUGAAGAAGUAAGCCCUAGAAUGCUUAAUUAAAACCUGCCUGUGCUCUUUAGGCCGUGUCUGAUGAAAAUGUUCAUGAGCCCAAGUUUUCCGCUGGCUUUGGCAUUUCAAGUGGCCCUAGGAUCACAUCUUAAAUAUAGCAUAUUGAACCCCAGCCAAAAAAAGGGUGAAUGAACACUGUGGUUGAAUUUUCCACACAAAUUUACAGACCUUAUAAUUUUACUUCCUUUGUUAUGGUUUUUAUUGGACCACUGUUUACCAGCUCUGAGGUGUAGUGAAUACUGCCUUGUAAUUCAGUACACUGCUUUUCACCCUAUCUCUACCCAGUCAUGUCCUUGUGUGUCUUCCAGUGCGUUGUCCUGUUGCUCUGGCCAUCAGCCUGUAUGUGAUCUGCUCUGUUUCGACACUUUGAUCUUUCUUCUGUGAUUAAAGCAGUUGUGGUUAUUCAAGAAA